GAGGUUCAAUUCUGACAAAGGCCACGGAGUUCUGAUGAUGAAGAGCAGCUUCAUCCUCAGAUGAGGAGCCGCUGUAAACUUCGAGCGGCUUCAGGGUGGAGGAUGGAGGCGGAGGUGGAGAAGCUCCGGCUGCUGCUGCUCCUCCUGCUCGGCUGCAACCAUCUGCGCUGCUCGGCCAUCGAGAUCGUGAAUGUGGUGGAUUUCUGCGGCCAGACGAUCCGUGAUGAUGGCAUGAUCGUCAACUCGCAUCAGGAAUCCAAGAAGUACUACUUUGUGACCAUGGGGACAGACUGUCACCUCACUAUGCAGGCCAGCUCUCCUAAAGACAAGGUCCAGUUCUACUUUCGCUUCUUCCUGGUCUACAGCUUGCUCCGGGUGGCUCCUUUAAGCCCUGCCCCUUUCUUCCCAGAGUCCCCACGUGGUUCUGCCCCCUUUAACCCUAAGCUUGAGCCUACCUCUGAUGAGAGCCUGGGAGACCCCUGUCAUGCUGGCUCAUAUGUUCAGUUCUACGAUGGUCGGGACCGAAACUCACCCCCCCUUGGGUCUCCACUUUGUGGGAAAAGUCCCCCCCGGCCAGUGCUGUCCACAGGAAACUACCUGACCCUGAGACUGGUGACCCGGGGGACUCAGCCCAGGGUUGACUUUGUUGGGGAUUUCACCUCCUUCAGACUGGGUUUCAACCAAUCGGAGUGCAGCAGUGAGCCCUACUUCACCUGCAGAAAUGGCAAGUGCAUCCCCAUCAGUCUAGUGUGUGAUGAUAAAGGCAUCGACAACUGUGGGGAUGGAAGUGACCUGGAGGAAAACUUAACUACAGGCUGCAAAGCAGGUCAGCUUUUACCUCCUGAGCCUCCACCCCCCAUUGCAACCCCAUCUCCACCUUUCUGGAAUCCACCAACCAGCCUGACUCAUCUGAACUGCAGCGUUCCUGACAGCGUUCCCAGUCACAAGUCAACAACAGACAUGCCCCCCUCCUUGUCCCUGCUGGUACUCUACAUCAUCCUGGGAAUAGCGGCAGGCAGCCUGGUGCUGUGCUGGUGCUGCUGGUCACCUGGCUGGUUUCUAUGGCGCGUCAGUGUCUGUCGCUUCAUACCCUGCUGCAACUCGGCUUGCGCCUCCUGCCAGCUCUGCACUCGCAGCUGCUCCCACAGCAAGGAGCACCGGUUGGCUAAAGUCACCCCUCAUACGCCGGUCAACAGGACGCCAUCGGGCACAGCGGGCACCGACAGCACCGAGGAGAACGUUCCCACGGUGGCCGUGUAGAGCAGUCAUGGUCCAGAUGAACAGACAUACAAACAGAUGUGGGCUGGUAUGGGGACAGAUGUUUACUGAAAACACUGAUGUAGUUGUGUCUGGAAAAACAGAUGUACUUUUAGUUUCUCCUCAAAUUAUUUUAAGCAAUGAGUCAAAUAUGAGGUGGAAACCCCGUGUUGAGGUUAAGUUAGCUCGCCUCGUUCUUUAUCACUUCUUUCUUAUUCCACAUCAUCCAUCCUCAAUCCUCAAUUCUCAUUCCUCAUUCCUUAUUCUUCACUUCUUUUCUAUAAUUUCUUACUCCAUACCUCUUGUUUCUUAUUCCUCGUUCCUUAUUUUUCAUCAAUCUUUCUUUAUUCCUCAUUACUCGCCUCUCAUUCCUUAGUCCUUUUCCUUUCUUUAUUCCUCAUUCUCUAUGUCUUAUUUAUCAUUCUUUUA